UGGGGAAAAAAAAGAAGCAAACAAAUGACUCUCAUGCAUUAUCGGAUAUUGUUGUAACUAUCCAUAUAUUUAGUAGCAAAAUGAAAUUUGUUGAAUCUUCUUUCACCUAUAUUUAUGGUACCCUAUUACUUAUUAAUUUAAAUUACGCAAUAGUUUAGUUUUUUUUUACUAAAUUAAUAGUGAAGAUUUAGCAGCAUAGCAAUAACAUAUUCAGUAUAUUUUCACAGCACGAAACAUCAUAACUUGUGUAAAUGGAUGUAUUCAUUCAACCAACAAAAGGAAGGUCAUUUGCAAUUGAAGUUGGAUAUUUUGACACUAUUUUAGAGAUCAAAGAUAAGAUCCAAAGACAUCAAGGUAUUCCUAUACCAAAACAAACUCUUAUCUUCAAAGGUAACGUGUUAGACGAUCAUCUAAAUGUUCAUUAUUCUGAUAUCCUCGAUCGUUCUCACAUUCAACUCGUUGUAGAAUCCGAACCUGACAAGAAUAACGCGGUCAAGGCAGAACAACCAUCUCCAUCAUCACUAACGAGAAAAAUCCAACUCCUCUUCAAAAUGCCAAUAUCCAAACUCGGAGUCGUGUUAGAGGUGGACGAUACGGAUAGGGUUAGGAGGGUAAAAGAGAGAAUUCACGAUAUGGAAGGUGUACAUGUGAGUAAAUUAGUCAUGCAUGCAAAUGGAAUCGAAAUGAUGGAUCAUCAGACUCUUCAAGAAUAUGGACUUAUAAAUAAUUCAGAAAUCAAUGUUAGUAUCAAACCUAGUACCAUCAUGGUGUCCUCACCACCACCACCACCAACAACAACAACAACAAAACUUACUACUUCUUCGGGAUCGCCCAUGAAUAAUAACGGAAAUGGAUUGAAGAAAUUAAGAAUUAUGGUUUUAUCGAAAUGUGGCACUAAUAAAAUUCCGAUCGAAGUUAAUCCAUCAGACAAUGUGGGACAUUUGAAGAAAGAGUUGCAAAAAUUGGAAUUAGAGCUUCCACAAGAAGGGUAUUUUUUUAUUUAUAAACAAAAUGUUAUGGAUGAUGAUCGUUCAUUUAGAUGGCAUCAUGUAUGUCAAGGUGACACUAUUGAAAUCUUUAAUGGUAGUGUCACUGGUGGAGUUUGAUUUUAUUUAUUUUUGUUGUUGUAUU